UCUCAGUUAAAAUUCACUUGGUUAAAGAGUAGUAGUUAAACGUCAAGAAAACGUGUCGUCUCGUCUUAUUACAAUAUAAAUUUGAGGAAAAGAAGCUAUUAAGUCAAACAGUUAAAAUAUUGACAUUAAAAUGACAUCCAAAAAACGUGGACUUAGCCUGGAGGAGAAACGUAAAGGCAUGAUGGAAAUUUUUUAUGAAAAGAAAGACUUCUUCCAGCUUAAAGAAUUAGAAAAAAUUGCCCCAAAAGAAAAAGGAAUUGUACAAGGAACAGUAAAAGAUGUGAUUCAAAGUUUGGUGGAUGAUGGAAUGGUUGAUACAGACAAAAUUGGCACAUCAAUUUAUUUCUGGGCCUUUCCUAGUAAGGCAAUCAAUGCAAAAAAACAGAAACUAGUGCAACUGGAAAAUUCUAGUCAACAACUGAAGAAGUUGAGAGUUGAUGUUGAAGCAAAGUUGGCAGAAAAAAGAGUUGGACAACAGGAUGAUGAUACAAAAGACGAAUUAUUACAAAAGUUAAAGGAAGCACAAGUACAAAACGCUGAAUUGAAAAGAAGUCUGAUUGAAUACCAAGAACUUGAUCCUGAUGAACUUGAAAAACUAAAAGCAGAAUCUCAGGUUUCUUUGGAGGCUGCGAACCGUUGGACAGAUAAUAUUUUCGCCGUCAAAUCCUGGUGCAAAUCAAAGUUUUUUAUGGAAGAUAACCAAUUAAACAAAGCAUUUGGAAUUCCGGAAGAAUUGGACUAUUUGUAGAAGCCUCAAGAAUGCUUUCUGUAAAUAAUUUAGAAGCAUUGUUUAAAGCUUUUUGAAUUCUUCCUUGUCUCUUUCCCAUGUCCUUGACUGAAUUCUGUAAGAACCUGGAUACUUUCAACGAUAUUUUCCUAACAUGUAUAGUUUUCUGUGUAAAAUACUUCAAAUUUUGAAGUGCGUUUAAUACAGAAUUCCGUUUUUUUUUUCAUUAA